CAUCACACAAAUUAAAUCAGUAACGUCACAUAGAAAGUGUAAAAUUUCAUAGACUAUAGUAGUAAUUAUCAAAAAUGGUUUCACGUAGCUUCCUCUUUCUUCAUGUGUUGAUCAUAUUUUCUUUAGCAGUUAUGGCAUUUUCGGAUUUAUCAGAUGAUUUCUACGAGGAUGUUUGCCCUAAAGCUUUACCAACAAUUAAACGGGUUGUGGAGCAUGCAAUUCGGAAAGAGAGACGAAUGGGCGCUUCUCUGCUACGUCUACAUUUUCAUGAUUGUUUCGUUAAUGGUUGUGAUGCUUCGAUUCUUCUUGACCAAACGGCGACUAUUGACAGUGAAAAGACUGCUCGUGCUAAUAACAAUUCUGCUAGAGGAUUUGAGGUGAUUGAUAAAAUUAAGUCUGAGGUUGAUAAAGCUUGUGGACGUCCAGUUGUAUCUUGUGCGGAUAUCUUGGCAGUUGCAGCUCGUGACUCUGUAGUUGCUCUACAUGGACCAACAUGGGAAGUGAAAUUGGGAAGAAGAGACUCCACUACAGCAAGUAGAAGCACAGCCAACAAUGACAUUCCAACUCCAUUCAUGGACUUACCUGCACUUAUCAACAACUUCAAGAAACAAGGUUUGGAUGAGAAGGACCUCGUCGCGCUCUCCGGUGGCCAUACCCUAGGGUUUGCUCAGUGUUUCACCUUCAGAAAUCGGAUCUACAAUGAGACUAAUAACAUUGAAUCCACCUUUGCAAGGCAACGCCAAGCAAAUUGUCCACGAAGUGGAAGUGAUUCCAAUCUUGCUUCCCUUGAUCCAACACCUGCUCUUUUCGACUCGAAAUAUUUUAGUAACUUGGUGUCCAAGAAAGGGCUUUUGCACUCUGAUCAAGCACUAUUUAGUGGUGGAAAAACUGAUGAUCCUGUUAAAAAAUAUAGUAAGAACUUAAGGACUUUUUCCAAAGAUUUUGCUGAGUCUAUGAUAAAGAUGGGUAAUAUCAAGCCAUUGACCGGGAAACAAGGCCAGAUUCGAGUAAAUUGCAGGAAGGUGACUAAGCAGUGCUAAUUAAUGAUGCUGAUUAAAUCAAAUGUUUCAAAAGUUUGGUUAUUUUUAAUAGUAAUUGUGAUUUUUGUUCAUUUAGAAUCUUUGUUGUUACCUAAAAUAAGUCAAUUGUGAAUUGGGAGUUGUGUGGUAAUUUGUUUUUUAAAGAAAUUGGAUUAUGUUGUUUUCGA